CGCCUUCAAUUCCCCAUACCUCUCCAAUCCAUCAUCCAUUGACCCAUCCACCAAAUACCACCCAAAUACCCACUCGCCCAGAGUCCCCUCCCCAUUCCCUUUCGAAACGCAACCUAAGACACCCACUGCCCUCGGUUCCCAUAAAUCUAGCACGUUAUCCAGCAAUCUUUAUAACCAUCCCGACUUGCACCUCUCAUUCCUCCGCAUUCAGCCGCUUCCCUGUUCUUCUUGCCGACCCCCUUCCGCUCCGUUGACACCACUGGAACUGCCACUUCGCGAGUCGAGGACACAUUCACAGAUUCCCACGAUGAAGAAAUUCGGAUUCGGCAAGAAACAGACCGACGGGGAUGAUGAUCCGAAUCGAUCGGCUCUCUUUGGCAAGAAGGGCUCCGGCCCGUCGUCGGAAAACCCAUACGCUCAAUCCCAACCCGCGAACGAUCCGUACACUACCGACAACAACAAGUACGCCAAUGUAACACCCUAUCAAAAGGCCCGUUCAAACCUCCAGAACCAACCAGUCGGCCUCCCCAGCGGACCCGGCCCUCGAAGCGGAUACGGGGCUCCCCCUUCACGUACCCCUAGCAAUGUUUCCUCCGCGACCGCACCACCUCCGUAUUCGAACAAUCAACCAUCCGGUGGCUAUGCCAACGACAGAUACGGCACGUCCUCCGGAUACGGAAACAGCAAAUACGGCAGCUCGAAUAGCUAUGGUAGUGCUGGAGCCUCGGCCGCUGGCCGUGUCGGCGGCUACGGCGGGCUGGGUCGAACGGACAGCAACGAUACAGAUGCCAAUCGAGAUGCUCUCUUCUCCGGCGCCCAGGAGCGGCUCAAUCAGCGACAGACCAACCCUGGCAGUGGAGCUUACGGAGCUUCGGGUGCCGAUUCGGGUGCCAGCAAAUACGGAGGUUACGGAGAGCAGCGUGAACUUACCCAAGAAGACAAAGACUACGAGGAAUACAAGAACAUCAAGCAGGAGAUCCGCGAUACUACCAAGGCUAGUGUCGCCUCUACCGAGAACUCUCUGCGAGCGUUGAACCAAAGCUUGGAUGUCGGCAUGCAGAGCUACGCACGACUCGGCGCCCAGAACGAACGUCUCCACCACACCGAUCAGCUCCUCGAUACCGCGAUCGAGAAGCAGCGCCACGCUGACGUCCAAACCAAGAAGCUCAAGACCCUCAACCGGAGCAUGUUCGCCGUCCACGUCAAGAACCCAUUCACGGAAAAGCGGAGGACUGCCGAAGAGGAGGCCAAGUUCGUAGCCCAGAACCAGGCCGACCGUGAAAUCCGCGAAGCAACCCGGAGGGAUAAGUUUGCCCAGAGCAUGCGCAUGGAGUCUACCUUUAACGAAUUAAACAGGGGAGAUGCCCCUGCGUCCUUCUCCAAGCCCAACCGCAACGACAGGAACAAGUACACGCUCGAGGACGACUCGGACGAGGAGGGCGCGAGAGAUCUGGAGAACGACAACGACCAGAUCGAGAGCAACCUUGCCGAGCUUCAGAACGGCACUUUCAAGCUCAACCGCCUCGCCAAGGCUCUAGGCGAGGAACUUGACCAUGGCAACCGCCUCAUUGACGGAAUCGGCGCAAAGACUGAACCGUUGGAUGACCAGCUCAAAGUGACAAACAUGAGAUUGGAACGCAUUGGUCGCUAAGCCAGCCACUAUAUUUAAGUUCUAGGGCAUAGCAUACGACAAAACACACGGAUUUUAUAUUGCUAGUUGAAUACCUAAGGUGCCUGCUACUUGGCACCCAACCUAUAGUUGACAUACGUACAAGGAGCGGACGACAUUAUUAGAUGAAUUUUCGAUUCAGUUUGG